ACAUUACCGAACAGGUGAAAAAGACCCGGGAGGUAAACGAAAAGUUGACUUUGGCGCCCGGCGAAGUGGCCUGUGACAUUUGAACAGAGCGGAAGCUGAAGGCUAAGAAGUCCUGCCUUGAAUGUUUUGCCUCGUUUUGUUCGACCCACCUGGAGAACCAUUCUUCAAAUAAAAGGUUGAAGGGCCAUAAGUUGGUGGAACCUAUGGAGAAACUGGAUGAGAGGGCCUGUCUGAAGCAUGAACGCCCCAAAACAAAGGCAAAGGUUGAAAACUCAAAGGCCGAGUUACAGGAAAUAAUUGUGAGGGGAAAAUUAUGGGUGGAUGAGACUAAUGCAUCUCUUCAGAGCUGCAAGAAUGUGCCAUUGCGGCCAAGCACCAAGAGCCGUACCAUUUCAGCGGAAAAAACAGGCCCGAUCAAGGUGGAAAACAAAUCAUCUUUUGCAACUCCACAACGCUCAUCCCAAAGAGCCACGCACCCAAAGGCAAGCCAUCAGCUGCAGGAUUCCUCCACCCAUCCACAGAGAGCAGAUAGUAGAGCAACGACAGGAUAUUGGAGCCAUACUGACUCUGCAACAGCAGCCGCAUUUAAGCAGGAGCACAAACCACCAACUCUACCACGCUCUUCCCAAAGAGCAACAAACUCAAUGGCAGGCCAUCGGAUGCAGGAUUCCUCCACCCAUCCACGAGUGAACACAUCAGACUGGGAGCAUCCAGUAGUCAGACCUAAGAAAAAAGAGUGGAAGGACCAAACAUUAUCACAGGUGAAGUGUUUGGUCAGAGAGCAUCCAACCACCACAGACCCAGCAACAGUAGUCCAACCUAAAGGGAGAGGAUCCAACAUUGGCAAAGGGACAAACUCAACACCAGGCCAUCGGCUGCAGGAUUUCUCCACUGAUGUACAGGUGAAUAGCUUGGUAGGGGAGCGUCCAAUAUCUUCACCUUGGCCCACAGCAGUGCAGCUUAAGGAGGACAGGGAGGAUCACGCACAGUCACUGUUGAAGGAGCUGGCCGGGAUGUUUUCAGCCACCACAACCCAUGAAACAGCAGUCCGACCAAAGAAGAAACACAGAGAGGAACAACAACUGUCACAGGUAAAGCUAUUAGCUCAGAAGCUUUCAGCAGCCAACACAGCCCGGAUAACAGAAGUCCAGCCAAAGGAGAAAGACAGGGAGGAUCCAAAACUACAACAGAAUUUACCAGAUACCAGAGGUGCCACCACCCAAAUGAAUCCUGUAUCAGGAGAAGCCACAACUGGGGAUCCUAAAAUCGAUUCAUCUACUGGCACAGAGCUUGCGUUGAGUGUGAAGGAACUGGCCCGGAUGUUUUCAGCUACAACAAGCGAGGAAACAGCAGACCGUCGUAAGGGGAAACACAGAGAGGAACCAAAACUGUCACAGGUGAAACUAUUUGCUCAGAAGCUUUCAGCUGCCACAGCCCAGGAGACAGCAGUCCACCCAAAGGAGAAAGACAAGGAGGUCCAAAACCUAACACAAGUAAGGCCAAACAGAAAUACAGCUGACACAGCUGUGAAGGACAAAAUCCAGACGAGCGACCAAAACGUGGCUCAAGGCAGAUCAUCUGUAAAAGCCCGUAAGGGCAGCUCAAAAGCUGAGUGGCUGGAGAUCACCAGUGUCUUCUCAGAAGUGGUGAGACUUGCAGAGGAGGCUAAGCAGAAGUCCCUUGAGCUUUCAUUGUCCACUCUGAGAACAACAACAUCAACCAUGAUGGAACAAAUUCAACAGAAUCUGGAUAAACUGUCCACUAUUGAACUUAAACGGAUUUCUAAAUUUGCAGUGGAUGUAAAGCUGGAUCCAGCCUCUGCACACCGGUGCCUUGUUCUUUCCCCUGAUUUGAAGCUAGUGAGAGAUGGAGGAAAGAACCAGAUAGUUCCUGACACUCCACAGAGGUUCGACAUGUUCGGCAGCAUCGUGGGGCUCAACAGGUUGACAUCUGGGAAGUCCUACUGGGAGGUGGAGGUCAGCAACAAAACAGGGUGGGACCUGGGUGUGGCAAGACAAGAUGCAAACCGCAAGGGGAAACUCUCGCUGAGCCCAAAUAACGGGUACUGGGUAACGGUGCAUUACGAAGAUAAAAAGUACGCAGCCCUGACCGAACCGCCCACCAGCCUCCCACUGACGGAGAAACCUCAGACGGUUGGGGUGUUUGUGGAUUAUGAUGAAGGUCUAGUGUCCUUUUACAAUGUGACGGCUCGAUCUCACAUCUACUCGUUUACAGAGUGUUCGUUCAGCGGUGAGAUUCUUCCAUAUUUCAGUCCACAUCUUAAACAAAACGAGAAGAACUCUUAUCCUCUGAUUAUUUCUACUGUGAGAAAGCAGUAGUAGGUACAUAAAGCGCAUGUGUUACCGGUGCACUGAAAGUUAGAAUGCACUUCUUUGAAAUGAAAUAUGUGAGUUCAGGUGUAUGUGACGUUUUUAUGACUACAUAAACGGACCU